AUACUCUCAUGGGCAAAUAGAAGGAGGAUGUGAUGCAUUUAAUCUCCUGGUUGGACUGGAGCGUGUGGGUGAAGUGCCGACUGGCCUGUGGUUUUGAGGAGAUGUGCUAUUUGCCUACUUGGCCAUUUGGGUUUUUCUGGACUCCUGGCACACCACUUCAAGGCCAAUGGGACAGUGGUUCAUUAUGGCCAGACCCAAACAAAGGGGAAUGGAAGAGACCACAGACACCAUGCGCAAACGCCCAAGUGAGGAGAAUGAGGGAGAGGAGAUGGAUGAGAUGA